AUGGGACUGCAACAAGACAGUCCAAACUCCAGCGAGCUCAGCUCGGGAGAGUCCAUUUACGCGGCUAAGGAGUCCCCCGCGCCGGAGAUCGAACAUCUAUACCUCGAAUUAGAGACGCCCUUACCUACGCCAUUGAUCACUGCGCCCCCGGAAACCGGCCAGUCGCCCGCCCCCGAAUGUCCCGAUCUCAAACAAUUCACAUCGCCCUUUCUCUGGCCGAAAUGGCGCAAAUCCAUGAUGACGUGGAUCGCAUGCGGUGUCACGGCGUUGGCAGGUUAUUCGGCCGGUGAAAUCAGUCCCGCGUCGACAGAAUUGACGGCGGAGUGGGGGAUUAGCAGCGUGGUAUACAACCUGGGAAUCACGAUUUUUUGCAUCGGAUUCGCCUUGGCACCCAUGGUUCUGGCGCCUUUCUCGGAAAUCAACGGCCGUCGACCGAUUUUCGUCGGCAGCGGAAUCAUCUUCGUCGCAUGCAUCAUCGCCUGUGGCGGCACGCACUCGUUCGGCGGAUUUCUUGUUGCGCGCAUCUUUCAGGGCGUGGGCGCUUCAACUUUCUCGACCAUGGUUGGCGGCGUCAUCAGUGACAUUUACCACGCCGAGGAUAGAAACACCCCCAUGGCCUUGUUCUCAGGGGCUGCCCUGUUUGGAACCGGUCUUGCGCCGCUGCUGUCGAGUAUCAUUGUCUAUCAUAGUACCUGGCGGUGGAUCUACUACUCCCACGCCAUCGUGUCCGCUGUGUUCACCAUUAUGAUCUAUUUCUUUUUCAAGGAGACCAGAGGUAGCGUCAUCCUCAGUCGGAAGGCUGCUGCCCUCAACAAGUAUUACGAUGCCUUGGAGAAGGCCGGUCAUGUGGGGGUUAUCAUGUCUGAUGAUGCAUCUGGUGAGAAGGGUCAAGUGAAGCGUAUUCGGUGGAGGGUCAAGAGCGAUGAGCAGCGUACUUCGCUGACCCAGAUGAUCAGCGUCUCUUGCUACCGACCUUUUCAUAUGCUUCUCACUGAACCUGUCGUCUUUUUCUUUUCCCUCUGGGCCGCGUUCAGCUGGGCUGUUCUUUAUCUUCAAUUCGGCUCUGUCCCACUCGUCUUCAAGAAAAACCAUGGCUUCAAUACCGAGCAGUCUGGUGCUGUUUUCACUUCAAUGUGUGUCGGCGUUAUCAUCGCCACCGUGAUCAGCAUCUACCAAGAAAGUAUCGUAUCGCGAUUCAUCACCCUUCCCAAAUCUCCCGAGCGCCGACUCUACUUCGUCUGCCUGCAGUCCACGCUCAUGCCGAUUGGUCUAUUCUGGUUCGGAUGGACCUCGUACUCGUCCAUCCCGUGGAUUGUACCAACGCUUGCCAUCGGAUGUUCGACCAUGGGCAUUCUGUCUAUCUACCUAGCCGUGUUCAACUAUCUAGCGGAUACAUAUCACCGUUUCGCUAGUUCUGCGAUUGCGGCGCAGUCUUGCUGUCGGAAUCUCCUUGGUGGUGUCUUUCCGCUCGUGACGGCCGCUAUGUUUAACAAUUUGGGAUAUCCCGGUGCUUCGAGCUUGCUUGGUGGAAUUGGUGCUCUACUUACGCUUGUACCGUGGGUGUUGGCGUUUUAUGGGCCCAAGAUUCGGGCCAAGAGCAAGCUUGCAAGUGAACUUGCACAUUAA